AUGGUAACAAGACAUCAGCAUCAAGAUGACGUGAGCCCAGAUGACAGCGUGUCAGUGACUGCUAGACCAUCUGCAAAGAAAUCAGGUACCAGUGUUGGAAGAAGCUCAGUCAGUAGCCGCUCAUCGAGGUCGUCCAGAGCUUCUUCAGUAUCAUCUGUACGGCAGAAAGAGGAAGCAGAGCGCGCUGCUCUGCUCGCACGAGCCGCUUCCUUGAAACAGAGACAAGCCUUGGACAUUGAAGAAUGUAAGUUAAAGGCAAGAAGAGAACAGCUUGAGAUUGAGACAGCUAUUGCUGCUUCGACAGCCAAAAUAAAAGUGUUAGAGGACUGUGAAUAUGACAGCUCUAAAAAUGAUGUGGAACAGUGUGAAUCAGCUGUUAAACAGUUCAGCUUCCAAGAGCCAAAGACCGGCAGGUCGGGCAUCGCGGCCACCCUGCAGCGGCUCCGGGAGAAGGACCGGGGCGCGGGCAACAACAGCCAGGCGCACAGGUACCUGAACCAGGACUACGAGGCUCUGCGGCAGCACUGCCUGGAGACGGGUCAGCUGUUCCAGGACGACACGUUCCCGGCACUGACCUCCUCCCUGGGAUUCAAAGAGCUGGGCCCGAACUCCUCCAAGGUCCGCGGCGUGUCCUGGAAGAGACCCACGGAGCUGACCUCUGACCCCGAGUUCAUCGUAUCCGGGGCCUCGAGGACCGACAUCUGUCAGGGAGCUCUGGGUGACUGCUGGCUGCUCGCCGCCAUUGCCUCUCUGACCCUGAAUGAAGAGAUCCUGGCUGGAGUGGUCCCGCAGGGUCAGAGCUUCAGAGAUGGAGAGUACGCCGGCAUCUUCCACUUCCAGUUCUGGCAGUUUGGAGAGUGGGUGGAUGUGGUGAUCGACGACCGGCUGCCCACCAGAGGGGGAGAGCUGCUGUUUGUCCACUCGGCCGAGGGGAGGGAGUUCUGGAGCGCCCUGCUGGAGAAGGCCUACGCCAAGUUAAACGGCUGUUAUGAGGCGCUGUCCGGAGGAGCGACCACCGAAGGCUUUGAGGAUUUCACCGGAGGAAUCGCCGAGGUCCACGAGCUGAGCCGACCCAGUCCGCACCUGUUCCUCAUCAUUCAGAAGGCUCUGAGCCGCGGCUCGCUGAUGGGCUGCUCCAUUGAUAUCACGAGCUCGGCCGACUCCGAGGCCAUCACCUCACAGAAGCUGGUCAAAGGCCACGCCUACUCUGUUACAGGUGCUGCUGAGGUGGAGUACCAGGGGGACAAGGUGAAGCUGAUCAGGAUCAGGAACCCCUGGGGUCAGGUGGAGUGGACCGGAGCGUGGAGCGAUAACUCCGCGCAGUGGCGUUACAUCAGCGACGAGGACCGCGAGCGGCUGAGCUGUCGCUCCGAGGACGGAGAGUUCUGGAUGUCCUUCUCCGACUUCCUGCGUCAUUACUCCCGACUGGAGAUCUGCAACCUGACGCCCGACGCUCUGAGCGACGACGGCGUCUCUAAGUGGGCUCUGUCCAAGUUUGAGGGCACCUGGAGAAGUGGAUCCACAGCCGGCGGCUGCAGGAACUACCCCGACACGUUCUGGACAAACCCGCAGUUCGUGAUCAAACUGGACGAGGAGGACGAUGACCCCUACGACAAUGAGGCCGGCUGCAGCUUUGUGGUCGGUCUGAUCCAGAAGGACCGCAGAAAAAUGACGAAGGAUAGAGAGGACAUGCAAACCAUCGGCUUCGCCAUCUAUGAGGUUCCUGACGAGUUCUCUGGUCAGAGGAACAUCCACCUCAACAAGAACUUCUUCCUGCGGCACGCCUCUGCCGCUCGCUCCGAGACCUUCAUCAACCUGCGUGAAGUGUGCAGCCGCUUCUGUCUGCCGCCUGGAGAGUACCUCAUUGUCCCGUCCACCUUUGACGCAGAACUCUGCGUUCUUGUGCGGCUCAGAGUCUUCUCUGAAAAACAGGCGGACUUCCAGGAGCUGGAUGACCCCGUCGAGUCACGGGUAGAAAAGAUCCUCAUAGACGAGAACGACGUGGACGACCGCUUCAGAGGUCUGUUUGGACAGCUGGCAGGAGGGGACUGUGAGAUCUCCGUGUUCGAGCUGCAGAAGAUCCUGAACAGAGUGGUGACCAAACGCUCUGACAUCCAGACCAGCGGGUUCAGCAUCGCAACGUGCCGCAACAUGAUCAACCUCCUGGACAAAGAUGGCACCGGGAAGCUGGGGCUGGUCGAGCCACGGGAAGCCGACGGUUUCUGUUGUCAGAAAGUCUACCGGGACAGGGAUGUGGACAAUUCAGGGACCAUGAGCUCCACGGAGAUGAGGUCGGCGGUGGAAGACGCAGGUUUCUCCCUGAACAAUCCGCUCCAUCAGGUCCUGGUGGCUCGCUACAGCGAACCCAAUCUCACCAUCGACUUUGACAACUUCGUGGGCUGCUUGGUGCGUCUGGAGGCCAUGUUCGACGCUUUCAGCGCUCUGGAGAAAGACGGGUCGGGAACCAUCGAGCUCAACCUGAUGGAGUGGCUCAACGUGUCACUGCUCUGAGGUCCUCGAAACGCCAGGUGAUGAACCUGCUGGGUGCUGGUUUCUGAUUGGUUUAUCCUCCCUGUGCUGUGAUUAGCUGAGU